AUGAUAACAAAAAAUAGAACUGCUAAAAACAUCGAAGAAUACAUUUCUUCAAGGUUAUCAGCGAGCAUAAAAAGUGAGCAUUAUUUUAAACAUCCAUGGCUUGAUCCGUUAAACACUUCUCAUUGCAAUUCUGAAGAGUAUUUUAAAGACUUAAGUUACUUCAUUCAACUUAAUGCGAAUCAAUGUACUAUUGCCCUCUUGUAGUCGAGCUUUCUUAGACAGCACUCAUUGAGAGCUACUAGAAUCAUAAUUUCCUUCUAUAAGUAUGGAAUAAAGAAGGAGAAAAAACUUUUGAGCUUCCCCUUGAAAGUAAAGCACUUUACUUCUAACUCUAUUUUAGAUAAAAUAAAAAAUUGGGCUAUAUGCUAUUAGUACUUAGUUUUUAGUCUAGAGGAAUCUUCUGAUUCAGAGUAUAUCAACAUUGUAGACCUUCAAAAUAAAAAUAUGAUGAUCAAGAUCAAAGGUUUAGAAAUGUAACUCCCUAUUUCACUGAAGAAACUCAAAUUAUCGAUGUUAAUCAAGGAGAUAUCAAAGUUAGAAAAAAUUAGACAUCUUUAAAAAUUCAUGGAUUAUUAAUGA